AUCAAAUUGGUCAAGCAUGGAUGAUUAUGUGUUGCGUGGGGACGCGGCGGCGGCGUUGGCGGAAUCUCUAGCGGAUGCAGCGCCGCCUGCGUCGCAGAAGAAGCGACAACGACAGACCACCAUCCACCACGGCCACAAAGUGGUGUCAGAGGAGCGCGUACAGUACCUGAAAGAGGAGCUAGACGGCGCCAAAACUGCUGCCAACAUGCUGAGCAUCCUGGGUGCGCUAGAGCAGCUCUUCAUAUCGCUCGAGAUGUUGGAGAAGACGAGCAUCGGCGUCGCGCUCACGAGACUCUCGAGACGCGCAGAGUCACCCGAAGUGCAGGACAAAGCCAAGAAGCUACUGAAAGUAUGGAAAAACACGGCCAAGAAGGCCAUGAGACGUCGAAAAAGACGCGUCGAGACGUACGGACGCAACUACGCCGAGUGAAUCUUGCAAUUCCUAUCAUUUAUUACACGUACAGAGGCAGAAAGCGUCGUUUCUCUAUUAAAAUUGCAGUUUUUAGUGGCAUUUCUAGCACUCAACAUCUUGCGAUAUGCGUCGUGAGCUGGAGGCAGUGCGUGCACGUUGAGCAGACAGCGUCAUGUCGGCACGGACGAGAUAUCCUAAGAAGCCGAAGUACAGACAGCAAGUGCCUCCCAGCGCCACGAUUCCAAUGCCACCGAGUGCGAGUCCUUCGAGGUUCGUGAACAAUAAGUACAAGUUGAUCACACACACCAGCCCUCCAAGCAGCCAGCCCGUCACGACUGUAGCUUUACUGUUCGCGAAGUCGCCCAUUAUUUCAGAAGAACUGGUGAAGAUCAGCACUGGGAGCAACGCGAAUGGCAACUGGAUGGACUGUAACACGUUGAGUAACUCGUCCAUGUGGUCGCUGUCUGCGGGGUUUUGCUGACUCAAGAUGGCUACAGUCAUGGCAGGAACGAGAGACACACAUCGAGUCAACGCCACACGCUUCCACGGUGACAAGUGGAGCUGCAAAAAGCCUUCCAUAACGAAUUGACCUGCGUACGUUCCCGUCAUCGUGGAGCUUUGUCCAGCCGCCAAUAGACCGAUAGCCCAAAUAGUAUCCGCAUACUGACCCAGCAUCCCGCUAAGUGCAACGCCGGCUUGAGACAAGCCAAUCUCCUGGCACAUUCCCUCUCCUCCGCUUGCCAAUUGACAAUAGCCUCUGAAGAAAAGAACCCCUUU